AUGCCGACCAUGGUGGAGAAGGGCCCCGAGGUGUCCGGGAAGCGGAGAGGGCGGAACAACGCGGCCAGCGCCGCCGCCUCGGCCGCCCCCGCCGCUGCCGCCUCGGCCGCCGCAGUCUCCGCCGCCGCCGCCGCCGCCGCGGCCGCCGCGCCCGGCAACGGGCAGAAUAAAAGUUUGGCGGCGGCGGCGCCCAAUGGCAACAGCAGCAGCAACUCCUGGGAGGAAGGCAGCUCGGGCUCGUCCAGCGACGAGGAGCACGGUGGCGGCGGCAUGCGGGUGGGACCCCAGUACCAGGCGGCCGUGCCCGACUUCGACCCCGCCAAAUUAGCAAGACGCAGUCAAGAACGAGACAAUCUUGGGAUGCUGGUCUGGUCACCUAAUCAGAAUCUAUCAGAAGCAAAACUGGACGAGUACAUCUCCAUCGCCAAGGAGAAGCACGGCUACAACAUGGAGCAGGCUCUGGGGAUGCUCUUCUGGCACAAGCACAACAUCGAGAAGUCCCUGGCUGACCUGCCCAACUUCACCCCCUUCCCCGACGAGUGGACGGUGGAGGACAAAGUGCUGUUCGAGCAAGCCUUCAGCUUCCAUGGGAAAACCUUCCACAGAAUCCAGCAGAUGCUUCCUGACAAGUCCAUAGCCAGCCUGGUGAAGUUCUACUACUCAUGGAAGAAGACGCGGACCAAGACCAGCGUGAUGGAUCGCCACGCUCGCAAGCAGAAGCGAGAGCGGGAGGAGAGUGAGGAUGAACUGGAGGAAGCAAAUGGAAACAAUCCCAUUGACCUUGAGCUGGAUCAGAAUAAGGAGAGCAGAAAGGAGGCGCCCCCCACCGAGUCUGUCCCGCAGAUCAAGAAAGAGAAGCACAGCACGCAAGCUAAGAACCGCGCCAAAAGGAAACCUCCGAAAGGGAUGUUUCUCUCCCAAGAAGACGUGGAGGCCGUGUCUGCGAACGCCACCGCCGCCACCACGGUGCUGCGCCAGCUGGACAUGGAGCUGGUCUCCAUCAAGCGCCAGAUUCAGAGCAUUAAACAGACAAACAGCGCUCUCAAAGAGAAACUCGACGGGGGCAUCGAGCCCUACCGACUCCCCGAGGUUGUUCAGAAGUUCAAUGCGCGCUGGACCACAGAGGAGCAGCUGCUCGCCGUGCAAGCCAUCAGGAAGUACGGCCGGGACUUCCAGGCCAUCUCAGACGUGAUUGGGAACAAGUCGGUGGUGCAAGUGAAAAACUUUUUUGUGAAUUACCGACGCCGCUUCAACAUCGACGAGGUGUUACAGGAGUGGGAGGCGGAGCACGGGAAGGAAGAGGCCAGCGGGCCCGGCGGCCAGAAGCCCGUCAAGUCCCCGGACAGCGCGCUCAAGGUCCCCGAGGAGGAGGAGGAGGCCGCUUCUGUUCUUGACGUCAGAUACACCUCUGCCUCCUGA